AUGAACCUCGCGGCGUUGCGGAGGCCCGAUUCCGCUGCCCACUAUCGAUAUCUCUCGCACCGGGAUGCUCGCCUCCGUUGCUCAGCUGGCGUCGAUGGCGUCCCACGCGUUCAACAUGGGAGAGCGGCGUCAUCGAAAGCCCAAGCUUGCACCGCUAGCGUGCGGGGAAACGCGCAGAUCACAACGCACGGCCGAGCGGGGAAUGUCCGGGGAGCCCAGGCCGUGUUCGACAGCAUGCCUCAUAGGGACGUCAUCUCGUGGACCGCCCUUCUGACGGCUUAUGCGGAUUGCAGGGAUAUCCGGCAGGCCAGGGAGGUUUUCGACGGAAUGCCCAAAAGGAACGUCGCCUCGUGGAACGCGAUGAUCUCGGCAUACGCACGCGAAAUGAGGGUCCGUGAGGCCUCGGAGCUGUUCGGGAAAAUGCCGUGCCGUAAUGCGGUCUCGUACGCCGCCAUGAUCUCGGGCUUCGCGCGGGCUGGUAUGAUGCGCGAGGCAGAGGAGUUGUACGCCGAGACGCCGCCCCAUUGGAGGGACCCGGUUGCCUCCAACGCUCUCGUCUCCGGGUACUUGCAGCACGGCGAUCUGGAAGGAGCUAUCCGCGUUUUUGAGGGGAUGGCGGCUAGAGAUGUUGUUUCGUGGAGCUCAAUGGUGAACGGGUAUUGCAAGAGAGGGAUGAUCGAGGAAGCAAGGAAGACGUUUGGGUUAAUGCCGCAGAGGAACGUGGUAUCGUGGACGGCCAUGAUUCGCGGGUACAUGAAAGCCGGCUUGUGGGAAGACGGGCUCCUGACCUUCAUGGCGAUGAGGAGAGAAAGCGUGAGCAUUAAUCCCGUCACGUUGUCGGUAAUUCUGGACGCCUGCUCAGAAUUGGGUAAAAUUCAAGAGGGGAGGCAGACCCAUGGAUUGAUUUUAAGGUUGGGUUUUUGCCGCGACAACUUCUUGGGCAAUUCCUUGAUAGCCAUGUACUCCAGCGUCAAACGUGUGGAUGAUGCAAGGAAGGCGUUCGACAAUAUGGAGGAGAGGGAUGUGGUCUCCUGGAACUCCAUGAUCGGCGGGUACGUCCACAGCGAUCUGGUGCAGUCGGCGCAUGAGCUAUUUGAGCAGAUGCCGACGAGGGACGUCGUUUCCUGGACCUCGAUGCUGGUGGGUUUCUCGAACUCGGGGCGGCUCGCAGAAGCCGUCUGCUUAUUUCAGGAGAUGCCGAAGAAGGACCACGUCGCCUGGACGGCGAUGGUUUCAGGAUUCGUCGCCAACGAGGAGCACGAGCUCGCCUUCCGUUGGUUCAUUCAGAUGCUUCGCCAAGGGAUCACCCCCAACCCCCUUAGCUUGAGCAGCAUACUGAGCGCCAGUGCGGGGCUGGCAAUAUUGAGCCAGGGGACGCAGGUCCACGCCUCCGCAUUGAAGAUGGACAUGGAGUCCGACCUCUCCGUCCAGAAUGCCCUAGUCUCCAUGUACGCAAAGUGUGGGAACCUCCACGACGCCUGCCGAGUCUUUUCGAGCAUCAGACAUCCCAACGUGGUGUCCAUGAACACCAUGAUCACAGGGCUGGCCCAGCAUGGAUUAGCAGAAGAAGCACUGAAGCUGUUCAGGAGGAUGGAGAAGAAGGGCUGCCAGCCCAACCGCGUGACCUCCCUGGCCUUGCUCUCGGCUUGCUCUCAUGCGGGCCGGGUGGACUUAGGGCUCGGGCUCUUCCACUCCAUGCGCUCUUCGUACGGCAUCGAGCCGGGGCCUGAUCACUACACGUGCAUGGUCGACCUCCUCGGCCGCGCAGGCUUGCUCGAGGAAGCCGUUGAAUUGAUCGGGUCGAUGCCGGCUGAUCCGCAUUCGGCAGUGUGGGGAGCUCUGCUGGGCGCGAGUCGAGCCCACCGCCAUCUUGCCCUCGCGGAACACGCAGCUGGGCAGAUUUUCGAGCUGGAACCCGAGAAUGCAGCCGCCUACGUCGUUCUGUCGGAGAUGUACUGCUCGGCGGGCCUGAAGAAAGACGAGGAAGACGUUCGGACGGUAAAGAGAUCGAGAGGAGUGCGGAAAAAUCCCGGCUGUAGCUGGAUAACCCUGGGGAACCGAGUCUCCGUGUUCCUCGCAGGCGAUAAGUCCCACCCAGAUUGGGGGGACAUGCUGGCCUCUCUAGCCAUUCUCUCAAGAGAGCUGGAACCGAUCAGUUGUAGCUGA